AUGGUACCCAACAAACUAAACCGUCAUUUGAUCACAAAUCAUCCCAGUUGCGUCAAAAAAGACAUUCAAUUUUUCCAACGGCGCUUGGAUCAAAAUAAGAAACAAAAGCAGUUUAUGAAAUCGGCAGUUACGGUUUCUGAAAAGGCAUUAGAAGCAAGCUACCUUGUUGCAAAAUUAAUUGCACAACAAAAAAAACCGCACACUAUCGGUGAAACGCUUAUUAAACCAGCAUGCAUGGAAAUUGUUAGACUUAUGCUUGGGCCAAACGAAGUUAAGGACGUGAGUAAAGUUUCUUUGUCGGCCGAUACUGUUAAAAGACGUAUCCAAGAUAUGUCAAGUGAUAUUUUGGGAACACUAAUUAAAAAAAUCAUUUCGGCUGGAAUUUUUGCGCUUCAAAUCGACGAAUCAACCGAUAUUAAAAAUAAAGCACAACUGAUGGCUAUUGUACGUUUCGUUGACGAGGACUCUAUUAAAGAACAUUAUUUAUUUUGUAAGGAGGUUCCAGAGAGAACUACCGGUGAACAAAUUUUCCAAGUAACUGAUAAUUUUUUUAAAAUACAUAAUAUUCAGUGGACCAAUUGCGUUGCUAUUUGUACAGAUGGUGCUGCUGCAAUGAUGGGCAGUAAGAAAGGUUUUGUAUCUUGUGUAAAACAAAAAAAUCCGUCAAUACAAAUUACACAUUGCUGCAUACAUCGAGAAGCAUUGAUGGUCAAAAAUUUGCCCGAACAGCUUUCGAUCACAAUGAAUGAAUGUAUUAAGAUCAUAAACAUAAUUAAAUCGAGAGCCUUAAAUUCGCGAAUCUUUGGAAUACUCUGUGAAGAAAUGGGAAGCGAACAUGAAUCCUUACUGUUUUAUACAGAAGUUCGUUGGUUAUCCCGGGGAAAAGUUUUAGCUCGACUGUUUGAACUUCGCUACGAAGUGCGUGAGUUUCUUUCAAGUCAAGAUAUGUACGAUCUAUGCCAGCACCUUCAUGAUGAAUACUGGAUAGCCAAACUUGCAUACAUGGCGGAUAUAUUCGAACAUCUGAAUGAACUUAAUAAAAAAAUGCAAGGACGGAAUGAAAAUAUAUUGACGUGCUCCGAUAAAUUACAAGGGUUCAAAAAGAAACUUGAACUUUGGCAGGAACAGUUGCAAAAAGGAUGUCUAGAAAUGUAUCACAGGACCAACUACAGUACGAUCGAAAACAAGCAGUUGAUUGUGGAUUUAACCCAACAACAUUUAAGUAUGCUUCAACAAAAAUUUGAAUACUAUUUCCAUUCUAUCAACACGGAACAAUACAAUUGGAUUCAAAAUCCUUUCGCAACCAAUGCAAUAAGUUCCACGGAAGCACUGCCAUUGCAAACUCGAGAGGAGUUCACAGAAUUAAGUAAUGAUAUGACCCUAAAACUUAAAUUCGACGAAGUUCCGUUAGAUGUUUUCUGGAUUUCCAUCAAGACAGAAUAUCCACGCAUCACCGACAAGGCCAUCUUCACACUACUUCCGUUUUCCACAACAUAUUUAUGUGAGCAAAGUUUUUCAACGCUUGUAUUAAUUAAAAAUGAUAAACGGUCAUGCUUAAAAGAUCUUGACCAAGAAAUGAGAGUUGCGCUUAACCAUCGUCUUCCCCCGGCCCAAUUACAAUUUGAUAAUGGAAGACCACAUCAUGCUGAAGCCGAAUCUGCCUCCGUCGCUGCCGGUUCAGAAGCUAAUGCUAGUGCAAGUGCCAGUGCUUCAGCCUCAUCUAAUUCUCAUAAACUUUGCUUUUUCUGUAAAAUUAAUGACAAUUCUAAAUAAAAAUUGAAUGAUUUAUUUUUAACGUUAUUUCACUAUAUAAUUCUAACGUCUAAGUUUAUUUUUGGAAUUUUCGCGACGAGUUAUGUCACGAUAUGUGGGCAGGGCAGAUUAUGGAUUAUGAAAAGAAGUCUAUUUGAGACAUUUUUCGCAAAUAGACUAGAAAACACCUUUCUUAAACCUACGCCUGGUAUAUUUAUGGUAGAUUUCUACACAUAAAUUUGACCGAUUUGGCCAAAAUUUGUCGAUCCUGACUUUUUAAAUGCUUAAAUUCACUAUCUGUAAAGGUAACUUAUCAAAUUCGUAGGCAUCAACCUCUACAAAAUGGUACAGCCAAACAAACUAUAUAAGUCUUAAGAGUGAAUUGCGUGUGAUAAUAGAGAUGAUGUAAUUUUUGUGUCAAAACGACGGUGAGUGAUAAUUUAAAUUUAUAUAUUUAAACCACACAGCUGGGCAAGAAAGAAUGGAGCCAAGAAUCCAUCGUUGCAACCGAAAGACAUGCUAUUCAAUGGUAUACGGAUGGUUCCAAAACCAUAGAAGGAACUGGAAUUGGAGUGAAUGGGCCUAGAACCAGGCCCUCUGAAAAUACCCAAGCAACUUCUAGGCGGAAAUUUACGCCAUUGAGAAGUGUAUCCAGUUUAACAUCGAGAUAAACUAUCGUAGACAAGAGAUUUCAUCAUUUCCGAUAGCCAAGCAGCCAUCAAAGCGCUGAGCUCAUACGUAAUCAGCUACGUAACACGAUAUAAGGAGAGAUUAAAAAAUAAUUGGGCAGUAGAAGAACCGAUAACUGAAACAAUCUCUUAGGAUUAAGACAGGCUAUGAUACUUCUGGGUAAAUAUAACCAGAAAAGAUCGGAAGCCUGUAUCUGCCUGAGCAAAAACAGGCUUCGCAUUGUAACAGGGAUCCUUACUGGGCAUUGCCGACUCAAAGGACACCUAAAUAAAUUGGCUAUGUCUCGUCCAGGUCGGCAUUCAAACUCAAGGUCAGACGGUAGUCUCAUCUCACGCCCGAACAAUACCUUUGCUAGUGUUUGGCCUGUAGAUUCAUUGACAGCGGAUCUAUAUGUCAUUGCAAAGAGCCAAAGAUACCGAUUCCAAUCUCACUGAUGGUUUUAAACCACUCUUCACAGGUAUAUGCCAAUUGCCUUAUUCCUUCGCUCUACCAUUCUAUCCGAAUAUGCGUGCAUUGCCAUAGUUCUGGUUUUCUUAAUGCCUAGUCUGUCACAGAUUCCUCGGAAAAGCUGACUUUUAAAAUAGCUACCUUGCUCACUGUGGAUCGCCAAGGGCACUUUAAAUCUACUGAUACAUUCUUUUAUUAACACCUCUGCAACAGUUGCGGCCUCUUGAUUUGGAAUAGCGUAGACUUCCACCCACUUCGUGAAAUACAUAAUUAUCAUAAUGUAUUUAUUACCAACCUCGGUUAUGGGGAAUUGCCAGCAAUAUCUAAAGCAAUCCUUUUAAAUGGGCUACCGACGUUAUACUGUUUCAUGGGGACCUUCC